AGUCAUAAACAUAACUCCUUUUCUUUUCUUUGUCAACACACUCUCUCCCCUCUUUAUUCUCACCCUUUCCUUCUCUCUCCCCCCUUUUCUUUGAUGGUUUUGUUGCUCCAGCUAUGGCAGUAGAACUCAUGACAGGUUACAACACAACCAAAACCUUCACUUCCAUAGCCGAACAAAAUGCUGUCCAAGAAGCAGCCUCCGGCUUAGAAAGCGUCGAAAAACUCAUCCAAUUACUCUCCCAAGCACGCCACAAAUACCACACCCCUUCAUCUUCCUCUUCCUUUUCACCUUCAAACCCCAACACCACCACCACCACCAACGCUUCCAUGGAGAUUGAAAGAGACUGCAAAGCCGUCGCUGACAUCGCUGUCUCCAAAUUCAAACGCGUUAUUUCACUUCUCGAAAAAACCAGAACCGGUCACGCUCGUUUCAGAAAAGCCCCGUUACCACAACCUUCUGAUCAACCAAUCUUCAACGCUACCCCUCUUCAACAGAUUCCACCGGCGCUACCAUCAUCAACGACCCUUCACCGUCCUAUAAUCAAGAGAAACGAUUCCUCCAAAACCCUUAAUUUUUCGUACUCCUCCGCUGCUAAUUCCUUCAUUUCUUCACUCACCGGCGAGACAGACAUCAAGCAGCAACCGUCGUCUUCUUCGCCGGCCGGGGGUUUUCAGAUCACGAAUCUGUCUCAUGUUUCGUCUGUUGGUAAGCCUCCACUGUCCUCUUCUUCGAUGAAAAGAAAGUGUAGCUCUGAAACUUUGGGGUCUGGAAAGUGCGGUAGUUCUUCUAGCCGCUGUCAUUGUUCCAAAAAAAGGAAAUUAAGAUUGAAGAGGGUUGUUAGGGUUCCUGCAAUCAGCUUGAAGAUGGCUGAUAUUCCACCAGAUGAUUAUUCCUGGAGAAAAUAUGGUCAGAAACCUAUCAAGGGUUCACCUCAUCCAAGAGGAUACUACAAGUGCAGUAGUGUGAGAGGAUGUCCAGCAAGAAAACAUGUAGAGAGAGCACUAGAUGAUGCAUCCAUGUUGGUGGUAACCUAUGAAGGAGAGCACAACCACUCACUUUCUGCAGCAGAUGCAACUAAUCUGAUUCUAGAGUCAUCUUAAUGAAAAUUGAAUGUUGUUACAGCAUUUUCAAAAUGGAAAAUUGAUGGUUAUGGUUUGUAGAAUUAAUGCAGAUUUAGUGGUUGUUUAAUUUCCCCGUACAAAAGAGUCAAAGAUGGUGGUGGAUUUGGUAAACGGAUUUGAAAUUGAAUCUCAAAGUUAAACAAAAGAAAGUGGGAGUUAUUUCUUGUUA